UCCUUGACGCCAUUCCUGUCUCUCCACGCACGCUACGGCUACACACACGACUCGCCUGAUCACCUGACCGCUCCACCAAUGCGCCUACUCCAUGCCGUUUCCCGGUGUCUAGGAGUUGUUGUUCAACGUGAGCUGGAUACGGAAACUGGUUCGUAGUUCAGCAUUGUUCGUUUCGGCUACGGGCAGUUUGGCAUGGUAUUCGAAGACGACUCCCAUGGCUGCCGUGGUUCAAAUGGCGUCGCUCCUUCCCCACAGCCAUCGCACCAUCACCACUGUGCGAAACGCCAUCGCGUGCUUGCUCCUCAUGCAAGGCGUGAUCUUCAUUCUUCUCGUCAACCUCCCUCCUCUAAACCACCUCGCACUUCCCUCCUCCAGACGGAUCACCAAUAAUUUACGCACGGAAUCCGAUUGGGGAGCAGAUGACCCCUCAUUUCCCCUGCUAAGUAACGAAAUCAAUUUUUCGGAUUCCUCCGAUUUCACCGAGGGGGGACGCGUGCCGAGCGAUGUCGAGGAGGAAGGCGACGGCUCGGCAUUCCCUGAGGCGGCAGCGGACGGAUUCAUGAACCCGCAGCUCUUCUCCGUGGAGGAGAUGGGGCGUCGCGCGCUGCUCACGACGGCUCGCAGCGACAUGCUGCGACGCAUCGACGACGACCUGCGACGCGAUGGCUCGGGGAAAACGAUUUCGCAGAAGGUCGCGUUUGUCGCAUGGGCUGACGGGAACCAUGCGACGCUAGUCAGAGGUGACACGUCCAUUGCUCGCGAAGCAGACCCAUUAAAGCCUAACCAGACUCGUUCAUUCUCUGUCGCAUCAGUGGAUCUUCCUGCAAAGCGCCAGUUUCUCUUAGAUACCCGCGCUGCCAUUGCCGCCAUGACCGAUGUGAUCCAAUCCGACCUGGACGCGUGUCAGAUGAAGCUUCUAGACUUCGAACGGCAGCAGAAACGGCGAGAGGCGGAUGCGUUCUUCGACGCGUGGCGUCUUGCAAAUCCCCAAGCGGCAUGGCCGCCGCUAAAUUCCCUCUCCUCUGCCCUCGCCGAAAGGAAUCAGUUGCCUCCCCGCAACCCGCGGAAAUCACACUGGGAUGUGCGCUGGCUCUUCGGAAGGAGCGGCAAUUCAGCAACCAGUGAGCGAGGAGCAGAGCAGGCGCACGUCAGGAGCAAGGCGCUGCUUGGGGACGAUGAGAUUGUGAUCGUGCUUUACGUGCACAACCGACCAGCUUACCUCAGACGCACGCUGGAAGCCAUGCGACGAGUGGACGGGAUUCAAGAUGCGCUGCUCAUUGUAAGCCACGAUGGGUACUACCCCAAGAUGGAGGCCAUUGUGAGGGCAAUUGGCUUCUGCCGCGUCAAGCAGAUCUACUUCCCCUUCUCCCCACACCUCUUCAACGGCACCUUCCCUGCAGCUUCCCCUGACGACUGCCGAGGAAGGCUCCCUAGGAGUGAGGCCAACUGGGGAGAAGCAGAAGGAGAAGGGGAAGGGGAAGGGGAAGGAGAAGGAAGUGGUGGAGGAGGAGGAGGGGGACUGGAGGAAGGGAAGGAGUGGGUUGGCAAUUGCAGCGGACAGGUGGAUCAGUUUGGAAGGUUCAGAGAUCCACGGACUAUCUCUCUGAAGCACCACUGGUGGUGGGCGAUGAACGCGGUGUGGGGGGGCGGCGUGGCGGAGGUGCGGGGGUUUGGGGGGCAUGUGGUGUGGGUGGAGGAGGACCAUCUGCUCUUCCCCAACGCCCUGCGCCACCUGCGCGCGCUGCUCCACGCCAAGGCCGCCCGCUGCCCCCACUGCAUCGCCGCCAACCUUGCACCCUCCGACGUGCAUGAGUGGCAAGACAGCGGGUCACGGGCGUUCUCAGUGGAGACCAUGGGGAACAUAGGCUACUGCUUCAACCGCACCGUAUGGGACAUGAUCCACAAGCAAGCAGAGGCAUUCUGCUAUUUUGACGACUACAAUUGGGACACUUCAAUGUCGGGGUCUGUCUUGAAGCGGUUACCGCAUGCAUCUGCCAUCCGUUGGUCUAGAACAAGUGCAAGGCACUUCGGAAAGUGUGGAUUUCACGCAGGCAAGCAAGGGAAGACCAGCAACUGCACAAGAAGCAAACAUUGGUGGAAGUUACUUCAUGAAGAUGAUGGUGAGGAGAUAGUGAUUACAGCCGAGGAUACUAGGAUGUCCAUAAAUUGCUCAGCUCCCUUGAUUCCUAGGGACUACAAGAUAACACCUAGCUCCUUCAGGGGUUGGGGUGGAUGGGGUGAUGGACGUGACACAAAAUUGUGCAUGCAUAUAUCAAAGAUGUACAGUUUGUAGAGAUACACUUGGCGUUUUAGCCGAUA